GGGAGCUGUCUGGUGUUCGAGUGCUGAAGUGGCGGCAUAUCUCAUCAGGCUAUCUAACGAGCGGGCGCACACUGGAUUUGAAAUCGGGAAAAUUGCCCAAAUAAUGCCCGUCCCCACCACAACCUGACCUCCCCCUCUUCCCUUCUUCUCUCCCCCGAAAACUCUUUCUUCUUCACCUCUCCGUGAAGCCUCUCAGCCUCUUCGCGCUGUGCCCAUAGGUCUUCUUCCAUCUCAUAUCUCCCAUUCAGGUCGAGCUAGCUCUCGAUCCUGACGUCUUUCUUCCAGUAACUUGCGCUUCUGGUUGCUUGUCUUUUCCGUUGCCUUUUAUCGCACAACCCCGCCUCCAAGGCCUUUUUUUUUUACUCGCAAACAAAGCGAAAGAAAACCGUCAAAAUGGUUAAGUUCACUAUCGAGGAGAUCCGGUCCUUGAUGGACCGUCCGGCCAACAUCCGGAACAUGUCCGUCAUUGCCCACGUCGAUCACGGAAAGUCCACUCUGUCCGACUCCCUGGUCCAGCGUGCCGGUAUCAUUUCCGCUGCCAAGGCUGGUGAGACUCGUUUCAUGGAUACUCGUCCCGAUGAGCAGGACCGGUGUAUUACCAUCAAGUCCACUGCCAUUUCCCUGUACGCUCAACUGAACGACGAGGAGGACCUGAAGGAGAUCCCCCAGAAGGUCGACGGAAAUGAAUUCUUGGUCAACUUGAUCGAUUCCCCUGGUCACGUUGACUUCUCUUCUGAGGUCACUGCCGCUCUCCGUGUCACUGACGGUGCCUUGGUCGUCGUCGACUGUGUUUCCGGUGUCUGUGUCCAGACGGAAACUGUCUUGCGUCAGGCUUUGACUGAGCGUAUCAAGCCCGUCUGCAUCAUCAACAAGGUUGACCGUGCUCUUCUCGAGCUCCAGGUCUCCAAGGAGGACCUGUACCAGUCCUUCGCUCGUACUGUCGAGUCCGUCAACGUCAUCAUCGCCACCUACUUCGACAAGACUCUUGGUGAUGUCCAGGUCUACCCUGAGAAGGGUACCGUUGCUUUCGGUUCCGGUCUCCACGGCUGGGCUUUCACUGUCCGCCAGUUCGCUGUCAAGUACUCCAAGAAGUUCGGUGUCGACCGCAAGAAGAUGCUUGAGCGUCUUUGGGGCGAUAACUACUUCAACCCCAAGACCAAGAAGUGGUCCAAGAACGCUGAGCAUGAUGGCAAGACUCUCGAGCGUUCUUUCAACAUGUUCAUCUUGGAUCCCAUCUUCAGGAUCUUCAAUGCCAUUACCCACAACAAGAAGGAAGAGAUUGCUACCGUCCUUGAAAAGCUUGAGAUCACCCUUCCCAGCAGCGAGAAGGAGCUCGAGGGCAAGGCUCUGCUCAAGGCCGUUAUGAAGAAAUUCCUGCCUGCUGCUGACGCUCUUUUGGAGAUGAUCUGUAUCCACCUCCCCUCUCCUGUGACUGCCCAGAGAUACCGUGCAGAGACCUUGUACGAGGGUCCUCAGGACGAUGCUGCCUUCUCUGGUAUCCGCGACUGUGACCCCAAGGGUCCUCUCAUGCUCUACGUCUCCAAGAUGGUUCCCACCUCUGAUAAGGGUCGUUUCUAUGCUUUCGGUCGUGUCUUCUCUGGUAUCGUCAGGUCCGGUCUCAAGGUCCGCAUCCAAGGUCCCAACUACGUUCCCGGCAAGAAGGAGGACCUGUUCAUCAAGGCUAUCCAGCGUACCAUCCUUAUGAUGGGUCGUUUCGUCGAGCCCAUCGAUGAUGUCCCGGCUGGUAACAUUGUCGGUUUGGUCGGUGUCGACCAGUUCCUUCUCAAGUCUGGUACUAUCACCACCGAUGAGACUGCCCACAACCUGAAGGUUAUGAAGUUCUCCGUUUCUCCCGUCGUGCAGCGUUCCGUCGAGGUCAAGAAUGCUUCCGACCUUCCCAAGCUGGUCGAGGGUCUUAAGCGUCUGUCCAAGUCUGACCCUUGCGUCCUGACCUACAUCAACGAGUCUGGUGAGCACGUCGUUGCUGGUGCUGGUGAACUUCACCUUGAGAUUUGUCUGAAGGAUCUCGAGGAGGACCAUGCUGGUGUUCCUCUCCGUAUCUCCGACCCUGUCGUCUCCUACCGUGAGACUGUCAGCGGUGAGUCCAGCAUGACUGCCUUGUCUAAGUCUCCCAACAAGCACAACCGUCUGUACGUCACCGCACAGCCUAUUGACGAGGAGGUCUGCCUUGCUAUCGAGAACGGCAAGAUCAGCCCUCGUGACGAUUUCAAGGCUCGUGCCCGUAUCCUCGCUGAUGAGUACGGCUGGGAUGUCACCGAUGCUCGUAAGAUCUGGUGCUUCGGUCCCGACACCACGGGUGCCAACUUGCUUGUCGACCAGACCAAGGCCGUCCAGUACUUGAACGAAAUCAAGGAUUCCUUCGUCUCCGGUUUCCAGUGGGCUACCCGUGAGGGUCCUGUUGCCGAAGAGCCCAUGCGUGCUAUUCGCUUCAACAUUCUGGAUGUCACGCUUCACGCUGAUGCCAUCCACCGUGGUGGUGGUCAGAUCAUCCCCACUGCUCGUCGUGUCCUGUACGCGGCCACUCUCCUUGCCGAUCCUGGCCUUCUCGAGCCCAUCUUCAACGUCGAGAUCCAGGUUCCCGAGCAGGCCAUGGGUGGCAUCUACGGUGUCCUCACCCGCCGUCGUGGUCACGUCUACGCCGAGGAGCAGAGACCCGGUACCCCUCUGUUCAACGUCAAGGCUUAUCUGCCCGUCGCCGAGUCCUUCGGUUUCCCUGGCGAUCUCCGUGCCGCUACCGGUGGUCAGGCCUUCCCUCAGUCCGUCUUCGACCACUGGUCUGUCCUUCCUGGUGGAUCUCCUCUUGACCCCACCUCUAAGCCUGGCCAAGUCGUUGCUGAGAUGCGUAAGCGCAAGGGUCUCAAGGAGCAAGUUCCUGGCUACGACAACUACUACGACAAGCUGUAAAAGUGUUAAAUUCGAGCCGGAUCGAUGUCCCAUCCAUGAUUUCUUGGAUAUUUUCCUCAUGAAAUUGACGAACGCAAUGCAAUGUCCAGGUUAAUAAAAGCAAUGAAAGUACAUAGAUGACCUGACGAGCGAGACCCUUGUGCGACAACCUUCCACGGGGCCUUGGUGCUGAUGGGGCAGCGCCCGACGGACCAGAAGUCCCUUGACCUUUACUUGGCUCUAGAAAAGAAAAUUUUACCCACUCCUGGGUCUUUGUCGCGCUUUAAUCGGUCCUAUCUGGAUGCCCAGCUUAGAGAAGUAGAUUCACAGUCUGUGAAUAUUGGAAUUGGGCUUUGCUUUCCUUUGUUUUGAUUGUUAUGUUGAUGACUGUCAGCUUUUCCCAUAUUUGCUAUUCUCUAGUUUCUCUAGUUUGGAGAUGAAAAUCAAGCAGUUUUC